AUGGUAAGCGCGCCAGGUACGCAAACACCAGGCGAAGGUAUGUUAACUGCUCCUUCUUUUGUUGGGAUUUCUGGGUCGACAUCGUUGACACAAUCGAGUGCAAGUGCACAAUUUAGUAUAGCCAACGGUCCAUCAGUUUCCGAAUCCCUCCCUGCCUUACCUAUUGUGUCUCCAGGCAUUAACAAUGGCCUCAAUCAAGCCUUUAUCCUGGGACCCGGUCGCCCCCCUGUACCUGCAAGGCUCGUUGCGCAGAUAUUGGCGUGUAAGUUUGUCGAGAUGUCAGAUCUCAUUCCAGAAAAUUUAGAGGCCCCGACCACCGAGGGUACCUCCUUUAUCAUCGAAGGUCGCUCAAUUGUGCCCACGACGACAACUUCGUCGCGCAAGAAGAAUGAGAUAAGCGAUAUUCUUACGUGGGUCGAGUGCUUCAAUAGCUACAUAGCUGUAAUCACGGCGUCUCGGCCUGAAAGAGCACGGGAUUUACUCGCGUAUAUGGCCCUAAUAAUACGCAUCGCGAAGCAAUUCCCCGGACGGUGUCGGCUUAACUAUGAUCGCGCCUAUCGUCUCGAAGCUGCCGCGUCCAAUUCAAAGAAUUGGAGCCAAAUCCAUGCCGAUUUGUACCAUUACCAUACCUCGGUAGCGGUCAAAGCCUUACAACCACAAGCUUCACGAAAUCGCGAACCUUGUGGUGAUCAAAAUUCGAUGAUUGACUGCAAAUCAUGGAAUUCAGGCGCAUGUAGCAGUCCAAGAGAUUUCUGUAGAUUUCGCCAUAAAUGCGAUCGAAACGGGUGCGGCGGAGCGCACCGCAGAAUCCACUGCUCAGAAUUUGCACGUAAACGAGGGCGUAGUCCUGGAGACGAAUCAAGCCGUAGGCGACAGGCGAAACGCGAUUAGGAGAGACGGUGUAGUUAAUAACAAUAUUUUUUCCUGUUUAGUUGUACAAAACAAUUUUAAUCUUCCUGACGUGUCGUCAGUUACUCCUAUUAAUGUAGAUAAUUUGACAUUACAAUUAUGUAAUCAUCCGGAUCGACAAAAAGUUGACUAUGUUUUGAGUGGUUUACGUCAUGGGUUUCGGCUCGGGUUUCACCCCGAGUCGACACAUCUGAAAUCAGCCAAGGCAAACUGUCCCUCUGCGCUCAAACAGCCCUCCAUAAUUGACGAAUAUCUCGCAAAAGAGGUAUCGUUAGGUCGGGUUUUUGGGCCUACUUCAAUGCCACCAGUAAAAAGUUUACAGGUCAGCCGUUUUGGGGUGAUUCCUAAGAAAGACGGUGGGUGGCGUUUAAUUCUCGAUUUAUCCUUUCCCUUUGGGCAUAGCGUAAAUGACGGGAUUAAUAAAGAGGAAUUUACACUUACUUAUAGCAAAGUAUCCGACGCUAUUUCUCUAAUUAUUAAAGCCGGACAUGGUGCGUUAAUGGGUAAAGUGGAUAUUAAAAGUGCUUAUCGCAUAAUUCCAGUGCAUCCGUCAGACCGUCAUUUACUAGGAAUGUUUUGGCAAAGUGGUUUUUACGUUGAUCUAGCAUUACCGUUUGGCUUGCGCUCAGCACCAGGAAUUUUCAAUAGUUUAGCAGAUUUAUUUCACUGGUGUUUGGUGAAUAACUGGAACGUUCGCGAGUUACUACAUUAUCUAGACGACUAUUUUACAUUAGGACCUCCUAAUUCUGAUAUUUGUGCUUCGCGUCUUAAAGCGAUUGAUCAGGCCGCGACCGAAAUUGGCAUACCCUUAUCUCCUGACAAGUGCGUGGGCCCCACAACGUGUUUGAUUUUCCUUGGCAUUGAGUUAGAUUCAGUGCGCAUGACCGCUCAACUACCCGCUGACAAACACACAGAGCUCAUUCAAGUGUUGGAAGAAUGGGCCACCAAACGCUCUUGCAGACUAAAGGAUCUCCAGUCACUAGUGGGAAAAUUAAGCCACGCAUGUGCAGUCGUCCCCCAGGGACGCACUUUUUUGCGUCGUUUGCUCGACUUGUUAAAGGGCCAUUCCAGCAAGCAAUCCCGGUUUAUACGUCUCAACAAAGAGUGUAAGCUGGACAUUGACUGGUGGAGAACCUUGUUGCCUACAUGGGACGGGGUGUUCUUCUUUGAUCUACCGGAGUGGGCCCCAGUCCCUGACCUUUUUAUUUCUACAGAUGCCUCAGGAAGUAAGGGGUAUGGGGCAUUCUAUUCUGGCGAGUGGUUUAAUGGCUCGUGGUCCGCAGCUCAACAGCCGUUGAGUAUUGCCUACAAGGAACUCUUCCCUAUAGUCAUAGCAUGCUACGUAUGGGGCAAUAAAUGGCGCUGUCGCCGCAUCCAGUUUUGUUGCGACAAUCAAAGCGUUGUAGCUGUGAUUACAUCUGGCACAUCUAAGGACAGCCACCUCAUGCAGUUAUUAAGAGAGCUAUUUUUGUGCGCGGCUAGCUUUAAUUUCACAGUUACGGCAAGACACGUCCCGGGAAAGGAAAACACUAUUGCUGACUCCUUGUCUCGUUUUAACAUGCAGGUGUUUCGUCAGAUGGCCCCACAAGCCCGCCUAACACCAGUAACCAUCCCCCCCUCGUUGCUAGCCCGUCUGAACUUGUAG